AUGGGGCUUCUGGCAGACAGCUUGGAACAAUAUCUGAUGCAGGGAACCAUACAGGGCCGGCUGCUGCUGAUGCCCUGGUGUCAGAUCCGAGUAGAUGGGCCCAGGGGUCACGCCCUCCAAUAUGAGACUGUGCAGGUGGUAGAACCUGGCCCUGUCCUCCGGGAUAUGGCCUUUUCCAAGGACCACGAACAACUGUACAUCAUGUCAGAAAGGCAGCUCACCAGAGUCCCUGUGGAGUCCUGCAGUCAGUAUCGGAGCUGUGGCGAGUGCCUUGGCUCGGGCGAUCCCCACUGUGGCUGGUGUGUGCUCCACAACACGUGUACCCGCAAGGAGCGAUGUGAGCGGUCCAGGGAGCCCCGCAGGUUUGCCUCAGAGAUGAAGCAAUGCGUCCGGCUCACGGUCCAUCCCAACAACAUCUCCGUCUCUCAGUAUAAUGUGCUGCUGGUGCUGGAGACGUAUAAUGUCCCAGAGCUGUCAGCUGGCGUCAACUGCACCUUUGAGGACCUGUCAGAGAUGGAUGGGCUGGUGGUCGGCAAUCAGAUCCAGUGCUACUCCCCUGCAGCCAAGGAAGUGCCCCGGAUAAUCACGGAGAACGGAGACCACCAUGUUGUACAGCUGCAGCUCAAGUCUAAGGAGACGGGCAUGACCUUUGCCAGCACCAGCUUUGUUUUCUACAACUGCAGCGUCCAUAAUUCGUGCCUGUCCUGUGUGGAGAGUCCAUACCGCUGCCACUGGUGUAAAUAUCGGCAUGUCUGCACCCAUGACCCCAAGACGUGCUCCUUCCAAGAAGGCCGAGUGAAGCUGCCAGAGGACUGCCCCCAGCUCCUGCGAGUGGACAAGAUCCUGGUGCCCGUGGAAGUGAUCAAGCCCAUCACUCUGAAGGCCAAGAACCUGCCCCAGCCUCAGUCAGGGCAGCGUGGGUACGAAUGCAUCCUCAACAUCCAGGGCAGUGAGCAGCGGGUGCCGGCCCUGCGCUUCAACAGCUCCAGCGUGCAGUGCCAGAACACCUCCUAUUCCUACGAAGGGAUGGAGAUCAACAACCUGCCCGUGGAGCUGACCGUCGUGUGGAACGGGCACUUCAACAUUGACAACCCUGCUCAGAAUAAAGUUCACCUUUACAAGUGUGGAGCCAUGCGCGAGAGCUGUGGGCUGUGCCUCAAGGCGGACCCGGCCUUCGAAUGCGGCUGGUGCCAGGGCCCGGGCCAGUGCACCCUGCGGCAGCACUGCCCUGCCCACGAGAGCCAGUGGCUGGAGCUUUCGGGCACAAACAGCAAGUGCACCAACCCCCGCAUCACAGAGAUAAUCCCAGUGACAGGCCCCCGGGAAGGAGGCACCAAGGUCACCAUCCGAGGGGAGAACCUGGGCCUGGAGUUCCGGGACAUCGCCUCCCACGUCAAGGUGGCAGGCGUGGAGUGCAGCCCUUCGGUGGAUGGCUACAUCCCUGCGGAACAGAUCGUGUGUGAGAUGGGGGAGGCCAAGCCCAGUCAGCACGCCGGCUUCGUGGAGAUCUGCGUGGCCGUGUGCCGGCCUGAGUUCAUGGCCCGGUCCUCGCAGCUUUACUACUUUAUGACGCUGACUCUCUCGGACCUGAAGCCUAGCCGGGGACCCAUGUCCGGGGGCACCCAAGUGACCAUCACGGGCACCAACCUGAACGCCGGCAGCAAUGUGGUAGUGAUGUUUGGGAAGCAGCCCUGCCUCUUCCACAGGCGAUCUCCAUCCUACAUCAUUUGCAACACCACGUCCUCAGAUGAGGUACUGGAGAUGAAGGUGAUGGUGCAGGUGGAUAGGGCCAAGAUCCACCGAGACCUGUUCUUCCAGUACGUGGAGGACCCCACUAUUGUGCGGAUAGAGCCAGAGUGGAGUAUUGUCAGUGGAAACACACCCAUCGCCGUGUGGGGGACUCACCUGGACCUCAUACAGAACCCACAGAUCCGAGCCAAGCAUGGAGGGAAGGAGUACAUCAAUAUCUGUGAGGUUCUGAAUGCAACUGAGAUGACCUGCCAGGCGCCAGCUCUCACUCUGGGUCCUGAUCACCAGUCCGACCUGACCGAGAGGCCUGAGGAGUUUGGCUUCAUCCUGGACAAUGUCCAGUCCCUGCUAAUCCUCAACAAGACCAACUUCACUUACUACCCCAACCCCGUGUUUGAGGCCUUUGGUCCCUCAGGCAUCCUGGAACUCAAGCCUGGCACCCCCAUCAUCCUGAAGGGCAAGAACCUGAUCCCACCCGUGGCGGGGGGUAAUGUGAAGCUGAACUACACCGUGCUGGUCGGGGAGAAGCCAUGCACCGUGACAGUGUCGGAUGUCCAGCUGCUCUGCGAAUCCCCCAACCUCAUCGGCAGGCACAAAGUGAUGGCCCGGGUUGGUGGCAUGGAGUACUCCCCGGGGAUGGUGUACAUCGCCCCAGACAGCCCGCUCAGCCUGCCCGCCAUCGUCAGCAUCGCCGUGGCAGGCGGCCUCCUCAUCAUCUUCAUCGUGGCCGUGCUCAUCGCCUACAAGCGCAAGUCCCGCGAAAGCGACCUCACGCUGAAGCGGCUGCAGAUGCAAAUGGACAACCUGGAGUCCCGCGUGGCCCUGGAGUGCAAAGAAGCUUUUGCUGAGCUGCAGACGGACAUCCAUGAGCUGACCAGUGACCUAGACGGAGCCGGGAUCCCCUUCCUGGAAUACAGAACCUACACCAUGCGGGUGCUGUUCCCAGGAAUUGAAGACCACCCUGUCCUCCGGGACCUCGAGGUUCCGGGCUACCGGCAGGAGCGCGUGGAGAAAGGGCUGAAGCUCUUUGCCCAGCUCAUCAACAACAAGGUGUUCCUGCUCUCCUUCAUCCGCACCCUCGAGUCCCAGCGCAGCUUCUCCAUGCGCGACCGUGGCAACGUGGCCUCACUCAUCAUGACCGUGCUGCAGAGCAAGCUGGAGUACGCCACCGAUGUGCUGAAGCAGCUGCUGGCCGACCUCAUCGACAAGAACCUGGAGAGCAAGAACCACCCCAAGCUGCUGCUCAGGCGGACGGAGUCGGUGGCUGAGAAGAUGUUGACCAAUUGGUUCACGUUCCUGCUCUACAAGUUCCUCAAGGAGUGUGCUGGGGAGCCCCUCUUCUCCCUGUUCUGUGCCAUCAAGCAGCAGAUGGAGAAGGGGCCCAUCGACGCCAUCACAGGCGAGGCCCGCUACUCCCUGAGUGAGGACAAGCUCAUCCGCCAGCAGAUCGACUACAAAACCCUGGUCCUGAGCUGUGUCAACCCAGACAAUGUCAACAGCCCCGAGAUCCCAGUGAAAAUCCUCAACUGCGACACCAUCACUCAGGUCAAAGAGAAGAUUCUGGACGCCAUCUUUAAGAAUGUGCCCUGUUCCCAUCGGCCCAAAGCUGUGGACAUGGACCUGGAGUGGCGACAAGGGAGUGGGGCAAGGAUGAUCCUGCAGGAUGAAGACAUCACCACCAAGAUAGAAAAUGACUGGAAGAGGCUGAACACCCUGGCCCAUUACCAGGUGCCAGAUGGUUCCGUGGUGGCUCUAGUGUCCAAGCAGGUGACAGCCUAUAAUGCAGUGAACAACUCCACAGUCUCCAGGACCUCAGCAAGUAAAUACGAAAACAUGAUCCGGUACACGGGCAGUCCCGACAGCCUCCGCUCGCGCACUCCCAUGAUCACCCCCGACCUGGAGAGCGGAGUCAAGAUGUGGCACCUGGUGAAAAACCACGAGCAUGGGGACCAGAAGGAAGGAGACCGGGGAAGCAAGAUGGUGUCUGAGAUCUAUCUGACACGACUGUUGGCCACAAAGGGCACGCUGCAGAAGUUUGUGGAUGACCUCUUUGAGACCAUCUUCAGCACGGCCCACCGUGGCUCUGCCUUGCCCUUGGCCAUCAAGUACAUGUUUGACUUCCUGGAUGAGCAGGCCGAUAAGCAUGGCAUUCACGACCCGCACGUCCGCCACACCUGGAAGAGUAACUGCCUGCCUCUGAGGUUUUGGGUCAACAUGAUCAAGAACCCCCAGUUUGUGUUUGACAUCCACAAGAACAGCAUCACAGAUGCCUGCCUCUCGGUGGUGGCCCAGACCUUCAUGGACUCCUGCUCCACAUCAGAGCACCGGCUGGGCAAGGACUCCCCCUCCAACAAGCUGCUCUAUGCCAAGGACAUCCCCAGCUACAAGAACUGGGUGGAGAGGUAUUACUCAGACAUCGGGAAGAUGCCGGCCAUCAGUGACCAGGACAUGAACGCGUACCUGGCCGAGCAGUCCCGAAUGCACAUGAACGAGUUCAACUCCAUGAGCGCGCUCUCUGAGAUCUUCUCCUACGUGGGCAAGUACAGCGAGGAGAUCCUGGGACCUCUGGACCAUGAUGAUCAGUGUGGGAAGCAGAAACUGGCCUACAAACUAGAACAAGUCAUAACCCUCAUGAGCUUAGACAGCUGAGAACCGUCCUUCCAGGGCCGCCCUGGAGGGAGGGACACACCAAGCCGUGCCUCAGUCUAGAUUAUCAUCUUUACCAAGUGCAAGUUCCGACAGGCGUCCGCAGCAUCACCUGAGCAGCGCUGUCCCCCUCUCUGCCUCUUUCUGUCCCUCUCUCCUCCGGGGAUCCCUUCUCUUUCAGUUGCUCUGCCAACCUGAUUGGACCAAGCCGCCAACCCUCAGUUAGUCCAGGGAUGGCAAGGCCCCCUGCGAGGGACCUGAGCAGAAGAUGUCAAAGGGGAGCUCCCCUUCCCAGCUCUGGCUGACCCCAUGAGUUGGCAGCGGGGCCCAGACACGAGUGAGGAACUGUGGAUAGAGGACGUUUUCGUGCUGCUACUUCACCUUCCGCUUCUUGAGAGCCCCACUUUGGUCCAAACCUUGGCCUAGGGAAGAGGCAACAAGCUCAGUAUUAUCUCUGCUGGGAAGACAUCGCCAGGCUCUCCCUCCCCACAUUUCCAUCUCAAGGGGGCAGCCACUGGUAUGGUCACUUUGCAACUGUGAGAAGAAAGGCUGCAGCUCCCUGCAUACAGCAGGGCGUGUGUGAGGAGUUGGGAAGUGCUCCAUGGGCUGCCUCUCCUCUGCCGGGAUGGCAUCAGAGGCCUCCUUGCCCCUGUCUGAGGUUUUCCAAUCUCCUUGGAGCCCUUCCCAAUGCCCAUCCUGUCUCUUCCCCUGCCUUGGAAAGUCAGGCAGGGGAAAAAACACAGCAGUUACCUUCCACCCUGGAGAUGCUCCUAACCUAAUCUGGGCCCUGGCAGCAGAAAUAUCACAUGGAGGGGAAGAAAGGGAAAGACAGUUGCAUCUACUUUGAAAGCAGAAUUUCUUGUUUUCUAGUCACCUCCAAAUUCAAAUGAAUCACGACCAUAGUCUUGGUCUCGUCCAUUGCCAGAGCCUCAUGUGCUUUCUAGAGAAAGCAUCUCCAUCCUCCUUUGUCACUGUGCAUCAAUGUGAAAUGCAAAGUGUGUCCAGGAGAUUCUACCUCCAGCUGCCUCCAUGACUCCAUCUCCACCAUCCUUCCUGACAGCUCUAUAGAAGGUUAGGAGAGACAACCAAGUCACUGCUCCUCCUGCGGAAGCUGGUGCCAUUGCUACACAAAUAACAUCGUCCCUCAGCUGCCCGGACCUCCUGGAGAAUUAUUUCAUCAGCAUCUCAGCUGUUUCUUUAGUCACUCUCCUUCCGCAUCUCUUCAGGAGUCAUCACUGAAGGAAACACACUCAAGCACAGCCUCAGAGAAACAAAUCAAAAUCCCAGCUAGUCUCAGCCUCCAGCUUGUCAUGUCAAGGAGGGAUGGAAGAGUCAAGUUGAAGAAAUGGGAGGAGGGACAUACAGCUGAUCUCUGCCCUGGCAUCCAUUUCUCCAUCUGCCUUUACAUGUAUUCAUCCAUCAUUUUAGCCAGCCAGGCAAAUGUAUGCUCAGAAAUGGGUAUUAGGUGAGCAGGGGCUAUGGUGAAAGAUGGUCAGGGGGAGCAUUCUGGAAACCUAUAAUCUUGAAGGGACCUUAGGGGCCAUCUGGUCCAGCCUCUCACCACAUGCGAGAAUCUCUCCUGGCAGCUCGGGUCUCAAGUUGUCCACCAUGCUGUGAGACAACAAGAAGCAUCUUCUAAGUUGGGCCUGGGGAGAAAGAGUCCAUGGUCUUGUCUUCGGACUCCAAGCAUCAGACAUCAUUCCAUUUCCAUCCACUCAAAAUAAGCCCCACAUGGAAAAGGGAAGGAACCACAACCUUUCCAAUGGAGUUCAUGGGGAGUCCUGUACUUUUAAGAAUGCUAGCCCCCUUCGGAUAUGAGUAUGUGCAUGCGUGUGAGCACAUUUGCACGAAUGAGUACAUCUGUCUGUCUGCCCCAGGAGAGGGCAAAGAGCUCAAAAUGAUGUCUUGUCCUGUGUUGGGGAGUUUUGAGGAGUUAUCCUUCUCUGUCCCCUUGCUCAUCAAUUCUCCCUGCACCUUCAGGAUGCAUCAACCUUGCUUUUUCUACAGAGUGCUGGCAGGCAGAAGAGGCACAAGGGCCGGAGAUGUCGCUUGUCCAUAGGAAAUCAGGGUGGUCACCUCCCGAGGCCGGGACUGUGGUGCUUGACUGGAGAUGGGAUGGCGGGGACCCAGAGCAGGCCGUCACGUGGGGCGGAAACGGACACAAGCAGCCCAACAAGCAGGAAGAGGAGAAUGGGAAAAAAUGCGUUUUAAGGGAAAAAAUAACCAAAGGUUUUGGCAAAUUAAGUGCCAGGUGGAGACAUGGAAUUUCUAUCCUUGAUCACGUUAUUUCCUUUCCUCCCAAGAAGCCACGGCAGGGACCUGGCAGGCCAGGAAAGGAGCAUGUGGGAGGUGGGCCGAGGGAGCACCUCGGUCACAAAAAUAUUUUUGCACAUGUGAAGGGUUGGGGAGGAGAGAGACACAAACCUAUUUAACACAAAUCUGCCGAAAGGAAGCUGUGUGAGUGUGGGUGUGUGUGUGUGUGUGGGUGUGUUCUGACUUAUUUUUUAAGUUUUGCACAGAUAGAGAAAAAAAUGAACAGGCAGGAAAAAAAAAAAAAAAGACUGUUAUGGUUCUGUUGGAGCUUUUAUUUUUUACUGGAUUAUUACUGUUAUGGUUACGUUAUCGGUACAGAACUUUUUUUCCCCAUGUUUUUGUUAAUAAGACAAACUUCAAACACCUCAGAGAAACAAAUGUCAGGAAGAAAGAGGAGGGAAGGAAAGACAUUUCCUCUCUCUUCUCAUUCCUCCUGGGGGAGGGUUUGGGGCGGAUUUUACUUUAAUUGGUGGGGGGUGGGUUGUGUCACACUUUGUUUCACCCAGAGUCUCUUUGGCUGCUUGGGGCUGGAAAAGUAGGAUGAAGUCAUCCAGAGCCACCACCCAUCUUGACUGUAAACAUUCUCUUUCCUUUGCUGUUUGUUUGUGUUCCAUUUCUUCAGUUUGGAUUCUUGGUGCACGUGUGAUAUAUUUAGGAGCAAAGACAGGCAGAGUCAUCAAAAAGUUGUCCUUCCCCCCAAAUCUUUCCAGUCUCCCCUUGGGAGCCCUGUGUCCGCUGGGGCAGGCCAGAGACCCAGAGAGCCGCUCAGGCACCCUGCAAGCUGGCAUGCACACAGCAAAUUCGGCCUCCUGGCCUCCCACAGUGGAACAAAAUGAGUAUACAGGGUCACGGUUCUGUUUCAGGUGGAACCUUUCUCUAGUUCCUUGAAUUCUGGGCAGAGGGCACACCCCGUCUUCCCUUGAGAACACUAGGGUCAAAAUGGUACCAGGAUAUCAAGCAGCCAAAUUUCCUGACCAAGGUUAGGUAGAAGUUUUGAAUGCUGGAGGGAGACAGGCUGGAGGCUGGCAAAUGAAAUGGGGAGGAGUGGCUUUGUGGGGUUCUGGAUUUAAAAGAACAGGGAGAGGGUAGCCAAGAAGGAUAGCUGCAAGCUAGUGUGUCAGUCAUUUCCUGAGGAAAAUCAUUUCCUUGCCUUCUUCUUUCAGCGUAGUUUUAAAUUUGGGGGCAAGAAAUAACCUGAGUGUCCCACAAGCCAAGGUACCCCCUGUGUGACAGUGACAGGCCCACCCAGAGCCAGCCCCAGAGCCCCUGUCUCUCCUGGGCGAGUUCCAGUGAGUGAGGUCAGAGAUGCUUGAUUGGAGCGAUGGCCAGAGAGAGAAUUGUUUAAAACAAAUCCCAGAGUUUGAGGCAGACUGUCCAGGACUGUUUGCAGGGAGAAAUGGGAGUUGCUGACAGGUAAGGUCACUGACGUCCUCUCAGGCCCCAGUCUCACCUCCCAGCCCCAGGUUAAUGUUGACGUCCAUCCCAGCAGCCCCCUCCCCGCGAUUUUCCCAUCCCCGAAUUCUCUAGUUCUCUUACCCCCACCCCUUGCAUGUCUGGCUUCUGCGUGUGCCCCCUCCCUGCUGUGGGAUCCUCUUGCCCACCUCCUGCACGCGUGGCCUCCACCCCGAGGCCGUUUAUCCACUAGAAGGCAUGCUGCUGUGCUCUCUGCGUGUACAGCACACCCUCAGUCUAACCCUCUGAGAUUGCAAGAGGCCCCCUCCCACCCCAUCCUCCUGGCCUUGGCGCUGCCCCAAGUGGGGGGGAGGGGUGGCUCCCUCAUCCAGCCAAGCCCUGUGGGCCCCCCACUAGAGGCUGCACAAGCAGCUGCUUUCCCAUAUAGCCUCCACCCCAAGAGGCAAGCCUUCCGCUGCUGGUUCCAAAACCCUAAACUAUGCUCACUGGUCCAGGUAAAAGCACCUCUGGCUUUGACCCAAAAUGGAAAGCCCAUUUUCUUCUUUCUUCUUUCCCAGUAAGAGGGGACACUUCCUUUAGUUUCACAGGAUACAAAGUCAAGUACUUACCUGGAGUGCAGGGCCAGUAGUAGCAGUCAUCGAGAACACACUUUCCCACCUGCCUCGAAGGCCCACAGCCACUCCCUUCUCCAGCCCUGGACCACGCCCCUUAGUGGGCCAUCCCAGUGAGAGGCUGGUGCUGGAGCUGAAAGGCUCCAGAAGGCAUUUCUAUGAAUGAACAACCACCAGGUUACUAGUGUCCCCUGCUCAGUGGAGCCCCAGCACAAGGCCCCUCCCCAUCUUUUCCUCUUGCCCCUAGUUCACGUCAAAGAUCUCUCAGUCCCUCACGCAUCUUCUCAGCUCCCAGGACAGGUGACUGAGGGUCCCUGAUGCCCCAGCCCUUCCCCAUUGUUUAACUGUUAUGUGGCCAGUUUAUUUAGGGUUUGGGGGUUAUUUUUUGCUUGUAUGUCUUAAUAGUUCAAGAUUAAGUAAGUAGGUAUCCCAGGUGUGGAUAUAAAGUCCAAAUUAUUAAGGGGAGAAAGAAAUUUCUUUACCAGUAACUUCCAAGGGUCUGAGGACAGCCUCAGAAGCUGGGGGGCGCUUCCCCUCGUUGAAGAAACAGGCCAGGAAACCCCGUGGCUGUGGCUGCGAGGGGAACGCUCCCUGGCUGCGGGGAUUCUUGGUGCUUCCCCUGCGCCAUUGUUGGGUGGAGCUGGCCAUGCUGCCCCUUUUAGGUGCCUCCUGCCACCUUCCCCCCAGGAGUUCUACGUGUAGCAAAGGAGAGCCUUGUUUUACAAGAUGGGAGGCUGAUGAAAUGGAAAAGGCAGCUCCAGAAAGAGGCUGGGACACUGUUGGGCCUCUCUCUUCUCUUCAUGGUGCUCCAAGGGUGGCGAAACCCUCGACUGCAAAACUAAAUGACCAUUUCCCCCAUUGGGAAAGGAAUCUCUGCAGUAAAAGUUUCAGACAGUCAAAAGAGACUUUUUUUUUUUUUUUUGGCUAUAAAUCUUUGCUCCCCAAUAAACAAUUAUUUUUUUUAUUAGAGGGAGUAUCCAGCUUUGAAAAAUAUAUAGGAUUUUUUUGGUUAUAAAUGUAAUGCAUACUCAUUAGACUCCCAAUUAAAUUCCUUGAGUAGACUGGUCAUACCAGAAAGCAAAGCUAAGCUAAACAAAACAAAAUCCUUAAUGAAUACAAUUUUUUUACAAAAGAAACUUUUGGUUUGUGUUGGCAGAGAUAAUUGAGGUGGUUGGGGUAGACCAGGCAUCCUGGGUUGGGGGAUCCCUAGCUUCCCUCUACUUCACCUCCUUUGAUUUCUUUCCAGUCUUGACUCCAGGCUGACCCUGGUAUUACUAACUCCUAUAUGUUUCUUGUCAGCAUCCCCAAAACUGCAGGGAGACCCUAUUAGAGAUUAACCAUGGAGGGACCCCGCUUCCCUCUCCCCCAAGAAUGCAAAUGCUCCUGGCAAAUAGACUCGUGAACUUGGCUCUUUCCAGGCAGCUCAUCUUCCAUCAGUUUCGUUUUUGAGAAUUAGAACUUCUUUUGUUAGUGUCUUUGAUCUUACUAUUCAAGCACAUUUGGGAAGGGCUCCCUUACAAGAGUAGAAUUCAAAACUGAGGAUAUAGUUCAAGAAUAGUGCAAAGGAGACUUUAGAAACCGAAACCACUUUACCAACACUCACACGCACAGAGGCCAGUCAUGCAAUGCAGGCACAUGAACAAAGAUGGGAUAUGGGUCUUUAUUUGUCCCUCAUUCCCUCUCCCUUCCCUGAUGUUCUGGUCCACUUGUUGGCUUGUUAAAUCUUCCGUUCUUUAAAAAGAAAAGCUAGUUUACCUCAAAGAAUCUUGUUUCCAUUUGGAAACCAAUGACUCAGUGUUUGGAUUGGAUGCCCCUUUCCUCCCCUACUUCCUGCCUGGGGCUGGUGUCCUUGAGUUCUGAGGUCCUUGUUUGGCCAUGAAUUGGCUGCUCUGGUGAAAAGCAAGCCUCCUCCAGGCUGAGGUGGGAAGGGAGGGUUGCUGGGGCAGCUCUCCUCCCCACUCUAAUGUGCCGGGACCAGCCUCUUGUCUCUUCCAGCAGAGUCCCCCUGCCAGGUUACCAUAGCAACCAGCAACUCCAGGGUACCACCACAGACGAUGGCUCAGUUUUCCCAGGUUGGGGGAGGAGGGGUCCUGGCCUGGUCAGAUGACCCAGAGUUAAGUCUCAAAUGCUAGAGAGGGAGAGGAGAAAGGGGAAUGAAUGAAUAGGGGGCUUAAGGAACAGGCAGGGGUCUUCGAGUCUCAGAGAAAGGCCAUCGAAGGAGGGAGGGCAGGUCAUUUCCGCUGCAGUCAUCCCCUUCCAGCCCUGCCCCACUGUUUCACUAAAGCUCCCACCUUGAACACUGACCCUUUGAACAAAGCAAAACAUGUCUUUAGACAACAGUGUUAUAAUGAACCUCAAAGAGAGGUGGAUGAAAUCUAUUAGAAGAAGAGGGUCUUCUGGUUUUGAUUUUUAAAGAAGAAUAUCCUAGUAAGAUUAAAAAAGAUUUUAAAGAAAAGUUUUUAAAAAGGAAACCUAUGCUAUUUAAAUUGGAGCUCAGUUGUAACUUGGUAAAGGCAAGCUUCUGUACCUUUGUUAUAAUUAAUUGUAUACCUGUGUAUGUAAAUAUAAGGCAUUCCUAUUUUGCAGUUCAGAACAAAAAAAAAACUAUUUGUAAUAUAGAAUAAAGUUUAUUAAAAAAUAAUUAAAA